GCAGGCGUGGAAGGAAAGGGCUACACAAACAAACAAAACCCACCCUGAGGCCUCCAGCUCUCCCCGCCCACCUUUACCUUCUGUGGGCUCUCCCCUCUCCCAGUCGCCCAGCUUUCCCCGCCCCCGUCUACGUCUGGGCACGUCCCCCUCGUGGUGCGGGCCACGCGGGGCCCUGCACUUAACCUCUGGCCGCCCGGCUCGAAGUUAGAGACUGGGAGAGCGCGGCCGGCGCGAGCACCUGGCGGCGGGGAGCAGAGGAAGGAGCCCGGGCCUGCGACCUCGGCCGGGCCGACGAUGACUUGCUACCGAGGCUUCUUCCUGGGCAGCUGUCGUCGCGUGGCGGGCGGCCGGGCGGCGGCUCUGAGGGCCCCGGGCGCGGAAGGCCCCUCGGCGCGGCCGCGGCUCGGCAGUGACUGCGGCGGCCGGCGGCACCUGGGGCACGGUCAGCCGCGCGAACUGGCGGGCUGUGGCAGCCGCCCCGACGGCGACUUCCGCCCGUCCCGGGUGGUGGUGGUGGCCAAAACCACCCGGUACGAGUUCGAGCAGCAGCGGUACCGUUAUGCAGAGCUCUCGGAGGAGGACCUGAAGCAGCUGGUGGGUCCCGGCUGGUCUCGUUGUGUCUGGGCUUGGCCCGACCGCGCGCGGGACGACCGUCCUUGCCCGAGGUGGCUAUGGAGGCAGCGAAUCAGGUUAUACCUUGAAGGGACCGGCAUAAACCCUGUCCCCGUGGACCUUCACGAACAGCAACUAAGUUUGAAUCAACAUAGUAGAGCCUUCAACAUUGAACGAGUCCAUGAUGAAAUUUAUCUUAGGAAUGAGGGAAUUGAGGUUCGUCUAGUAAAGAGGAGAGAAUAUAAUGAAGAAACUGUUCGAUGGGCAGAUGCUGUCAUAGCUGCAGGAGGUGAUGGCACAAUGCUUCUGGCAGCAAGUAAAGUCUUGGACAGACUUAAACCGGUUAUUGGAGUAAACACUGAUCCAGAGCGAUUUAAAAGAGGGAAUUCUAAAACAGUGUGUUCCAAUAACGUGACUAUGCUAAGGUCCGAGGCUUCAGGACCCCAGCUUUUGCCAGUGAGAGCACUGAAUGAAGUCUUCAUUGGGGAAAGCCUAUCAUCCAGGGCUUCCUACUAUGAGAUUUCAGUUGAUGAUGGUCCAUGGGAAAAACAGAAGAGUUCAGGGCUCAAUUUGUGUACUGGAACAGGAUCAAAGGCCUGGUGCAGCCUAAAUUUGGUCAUUACUUGGUCAUUAUUUAGCCUACUGCAUGAGUUAGGGUUUUUAAAGAAAAUAUUAUUUAGGGUUAAGAAAACUCAAUAUUUAAUGAAAUGUUGCUUUCUGCUUAGGGUUUGUGUUCGCUCUCGUUGUUGGGAUGCCUGUAUGGUUGUGGAUGGAGGAACUUCUUUUGAGUUUAAUGAUGGAGCAAUUGCCUCAAUGAUGAUCAACAAAGAAGAUGAGCUUCGAACUGUGCUUCUAGAACAGUGAAGGAUUUCCUCAGAUGACAAAGUUUGAUUACUGAAAAAAUACUUUUACUGCAGAAACAGACUACCGGUCAUAAAGCUACAGUUUUUGGUUAUUGUUGAGACUGGUUGCCCUUGGGCUCAAAGGUGACUAACAAAGUGAGAUUUGCAUUAUUCUUCUGUUGGAUUCUGAUGGAAAAGAUGUUCACUGUGUAAGAAAAUGGAUGGACUAAACUGUUUAGAAUUGAUACCAGGGAAAUUUCUAUAUUAAUGAUUGAUAUCCAAGAGUGCUGAUAUCUUUUUAAAUUUAGAGAGGUAGGUUCAAAUAAAGGAUUAAAUGUUUAGGAUUUGAAAUCUAACUUUUUUUCCUUCCCUUUCCUCCAAACUUUGUGGAAUUGGUCAGAACAAACGCAUAUCAUUUGAUUAGUAUAUAGUUUUUAUAGCACCUAAAAAUCAAGAUUUUUAAAAAAUGUUGAUGGAGAAUUUUGAUAAAUCCUGACAUUGACCUAACUGAAGUAGGUAAAUGUGUUUUUAUAUAUGCUAAGAAUUUUCUAAUUUCAGAACACAAUGGUAUUGUUAUGACUAUUAAUUUAAAAAGUUUAAAAUCAUUUUUGAAAUCAUAGUUUUCAUUUAAUUGACUUUAAGGUUAGUUUUGACAUUGCUGGGUGAAAUACAUAUAACUGGAGAAAGUCAUGAUGCUGUUACAAAUACACUAAUUAUCCAAUAGCUAUUUUAGGUCAUAGACUAUUUUUUUAAAAAUGAUUUGAGGCUAACAGAUUUCUUCCAUAUUUAAAACUCUAACAUGGAUUCAAAGACUAAAAGGAUGAACUGAUUAGACAUAUUGUUUGGUCAAACCUAUAAAAAUAUUUUCACCUAGCAUUAGAAGUAUUGUCUGAAAGAAAAUGGGUUCUUUAAUAAAUAUGCAAAACACAUUAGUUGUGAAAUUGCCCUACUUUUAAUAUCAUGGUAGUUUUCACCUAGCUCAUAUUCCAAGUUUCACACAUUAGCUGUGGAGGAUAAAAUGUUAUGGCUUGCCCUCCACACACACACCACUAUGAGAGUUCCUAUAUUUGGGGAGGAAAUUAUUUUUAUCUAAUUCUUGAUCUACUUAACACAUUAUCUUAGAAUUUUUACCAGAAGCACCUAUUGCUGCAUCAUGAGACCAUUGGUAUUCUCAUGCCAUUUAUUCAGAUUUGUAUGUUUUUUUCACUUACCAUUAAAAAGUUUUGUUCAGCCAUUGAAAUAUUUAUUGAAAAUCCAUUCUGUGCCAUGCUGUAUCAAGUGCUGAAUAUACACUGAUGAAUGAAACAACUUCUCGAUAGAACUUGAUUCUAGUGAACUCAGAAAUUCUGUAAAAGCUAGGAUGUAUAAUCACUGAGUGCUGUCAGUGUUGCCAACAUUUAACAUAUUCUUGUGAAAUUUUUCAUAUAAAUAUUACUAUACAAAGGUAAUCUAGGUUUUGAUAUAUAUCCAGAAUAAGAAUCUGCUUUUCUUUUCUUAUUUAAGAGUAGCUACAUAGAUACUUAAUAGCAAAGAGUUUACAUGAUGCGUACAAAAAAAAAAGCUGGAUCUAGUUUCUGGUUUGAUUUAAAAAUGAUAUGCUUAAGAUAUACUUUAUGAAAAAGUAUAGAAACUCCCCUAGUAGAUUUGAAAUGCGUUCUUGACAAAAAUGCCAACUCUAUCUUUAAGAUCAAGGAAAUCUGAUUGUCCAUAAUGGUAUCAUAGAUCUGUUAAUAUGUAACAUAUUAAUAGGUAACCCAUGUAAAAUUGUUCAUAAGCCAUAUUUUAAAGGUUUAAAAAAUGCUUAAUGUGCUCCAUUUGCAGUAUAACUUCUAAUAUUUCUGCUAUGUGGUGAGUAUUAUUUGUAAGAGGUGAUGUGAGGCAAAGGAUGUUAGAAUAGCCAAAAUGUUUUUAUGAAUUAACCUUUAAUGGCAAUGAUAAGUGAAUAAAAUUAAACUAUUAUUUU